AUGCCUUUCCUCUCGAAUGUGCCCGCUCUCCGGCUAACCCUCGCCUACGCCGUCCAUGAUCCCUCGAGCCUGCUUCCACACAGAACAAUCCCAACCCUCCUUUCGCUCCCUCUGCCUAUUAGUCCUUGGCUUCCCUCGCUCGAUGGCGCGGGACAAAAGCCUAGAAUACGAGCCUUGGUGUUGGACAAAGACAAUACGCUCUGUCCGCCCCAGACAGCCAAAUUGCAUCCAUCCUACAUAAACAAGAUCGAGAAGAUCAGGGAGUCCCCCGAAUUCUCCCAGAACGCGCACAGCAUCCUCAUCGUCUCCAACACGGCAGGGAGCAGUCCGGACCUGGAGCAUGAGGCUGAAGCGAAGCAAUUGGAGCUCGAACUCGGACUUCCCGUCCUGAGACAACACCCAGACCGCAAGAAGCCUUUCUGCGGCCCUGACAUCCUGAAAUACUUCAAAGAUCAUGGCGUCACAGAAGAUCCAAAAGAAAUCGUUGUGGUGGGGGACAGACUGGCGACGGACGUGCUCUUGGCCCGGGAAAUGGGGAGCUGGAGUAUAUGGUGCAGGAAUGGCUGGCGUAAUCCCGCAAUGCCAGGUCGAGAUUACAGAGGAUUUUUCAGCAAGAUGGAAAACCGCUUCGAGAAGGUCAUGAGAGGAGGUUUCGGCAAGGCUGCUCCUCUUCCCAAGGUUACGUGA